GGCUGUUGUCGGGUCUCCGUGGGCGGGGCCGUCCACCAAGCCCAGAAGUAUCUUGCUGGAGGGCCCCACCGGCUCAACCUUCCAGACCUGCGUUAGGGGCCGCCGCUGACCGCUGAAGGAAUUCAUUGCUUUUCCGAGUCGCUCUCUUCCAGGCUUGGUCAGGUGGUCAGCAUGGCCCGUGGAAAUCAACGAGAACUUGCCCGCCGGAAAAACAUGAAGAAAUCCCAGGAAAUUAGUAAGGGAAAAAGAAAAGAAGAUAGCUUGACUACCUCUCAGAGAAAACAGAGGGAUUCUGAGAUCAUGCAACAAAAGCAGAAGGCAGCCAAUGAGAAGAAGUCUAUGCAGACAAGACAAAAAUGAUGACUGACUAUUUGGAAAACCUGGGUGCUACUGCUAACUAGGUGUAUAAUAAGCUCUAUGAUCAAGAUUUUGUAGAGUGAACAGUCAGUACAUAUGUUAUAUCCUUACAAAACUAUUUUAAACUUUACCUUUCAGCCUGACUUAGUAUGAUGUUUUAGAACCAUUCUUCAAAGAAUAAAACACUAACCAUGCAUGUGA